GGGAGGGGGUGUCGGCGCACCACGGAGUGCUGUGCUCCGAGAGCCUGGCACCCGGAGCCGCCGCCUCCCCCUCCCCCUGCCGAGACCCCCGCAGCCCCUUCUCCCGCUCCCCGGGCGGGGCCGGGGGGCCAGUGGGCAGAGCUGCCCCUGGCGGGCGGGGCGGAGCUCGGAGCCCCACGGAGCGCCGCGGAGCGAACCUCAUCUCCCUUCCAGGGCGCAAGUGUGAGUGACUGCCUCAUGUGGUGUUGAUGCCCGUCUGCCAUGCUCGCCUGUCUACCAGGGCCAGCUGACCUGUCCUUUCAGCUUCUUUCUCAUACGCAGAUGAACACUGGACUUCAGAAAUGGGACACUACACAGAAAAUGAGAACUGCUCACUAUCCCACCCCAGCCGAAUUGGACGCGUAUGCUAAGAAGGUCGCAAACAACCCACUGACUAUAAAAAUCUUCCCCAACAGUGUGAAGGUUCCCCAGCGGAAACACGUUCGUCGUACUGUGAACGGCCUCGACACAUCCGCCCAGCGCUACAGCCCCUACCCGACCCAGGCUGCCACCAAGGCAGGCCUGCUUGCCAUUGUCAAAGUGCCAGCCAAAAGCGUACUCAAGGACUUUGACGGCACCCGAGCUCGGCUGCUCCCUGAGGCCAUCAUGAACCCCCCAGUGGCCCCCUAUGCUACUGUGGCACCCAGCACUUUAGCCCACCCCCAGGCCCAGGCUCUGGCCCGCCAGCAGGCCCUGCAGCAUGCACAGACCCUGGCCCAUGCCCCCCCCCAGACGCUGCAGCACCCUCAGGGUAUUCCGCCGCCCCAGGCACUGGCCCACCCUCAGAGCCUCCAGCAGCCUCAGGGCCUGGGCCACCCUCAGCCCAUGGCCCCCACGCAGGGCCUGGUCCACCCGCAGGCCCUGUCUCACCAGGGUCUCCAGCACCCUCCCAAUCCCUUGCUGCAUGGAGGUCGGAAGAUGCCAGACUCAGAUGCCCCCCCGAAUGUGACCGUGUCUACCUCAACUAUCCCCCUUUCCAUGGCGGCCACCCUGCAGCACAGCCAGCCCCCGGACCUGAGCAGCAUCGUGCACCAGAUCAACCAGUUUUGCCAGACGCGGGCAGGCAUCAGCACUACCUCAGUGUGCGAGGGCCAGAUCGCCAACCCCAGCCCCAUUAGUCGCAGUCUGCUCAUCAAUGCAAGCACGCGGGUGUCGACCCACAGCGUCCCCACACCAAUGCCUUCUUGUGUGGUCAAUCCAAUGGAGCACACCCACGCGGCUGCUGCCGCCUUGCCUGCCGCAGGCCCUGUCAACCUGCCCACUGGCAUCUCGCGGGCCCCCACUGGCUACCCUAGCGACCUCAAGCCAGUCGCCUGGAACCAGCACCAGCUGGCUCACCUACAACAGAUGUGCAGUGAGGCUGGGGGGACGCCGGCCCCGGGCCUGACGGGCAAGCACGCGGCAGGACGCGAGUUGGCAGGGCCUGGCUUUGUGGGCAAGGCCCCUGCCUACCCGCAGGAACUCUGCCUGGCACAGUCCUUCCAUCUGAAGCCAGCCCUGGAGAAACCAACCCCAUCCCCACCGGUCAACGGCUUGGCGGCCCCCCUGGCCUACCCCAAUGGCCACUACUUCCAACCCCUGUGGAACAACAUCCUGCCCACUCCCAAUAGCGACAGCUCGGGGUCUCAGGACCUCGCCAUGCCAUUCCAUGGUGGGCAGCCCACGGGUGCACCCCUCGACUGUGCAGCGGCUGCUGGGGCCCACUACCGCGCUGCAGGGACCGGGGGCGGUCCGGUGGCGAGCCAGAACAGCUUGAUGCAAACAGUGGAUUACCUAAGUGGGGAUUUUCAGCAGGCCUGCUUUCGAGAACAGAGCCUGGCCAUGCUGAGCAAGGCCCACCGCGCUCCUGGCGGCCGAGCCCCUGACCCCACAGAUAGUCGGAGUCUUCAUAUUCAGCACCCCGGGUACAGAUAGGGAGCCUGGGGCCGCCCUCCACAAGCCACACGUCAGACAUCACCCCUCUAGGUUAGUCUUACUUUCGAGUAAUUGGAUAGCUUCAAAGUUUCACUGCUCCAAUGUGAUCAUGCUUAGAUGUCUAAGAACAGGAAUUUGGUGGGAUCUACUGUAGAUCAGAGGGGGACCCUCUGUGCUCUCCUCCUCCCCUCCACUGCCUCC